AUGGAGGACGACAUCACCAUACCUGAAGACGAAUUUAAAUUUCCUUGGGAACAUCUUGCUGAUUUUUACGCUAUAUUCAAACGACGGAACGAAAAAUACGGCACCACCUACGACUACGAGUGCAGCUUGUCGAGGGUUCAUUUGAAUGACAAAGAUCUUGUCCGAAUCAGCGAACGUAAGCAGGCUUCUGAAACAACAGACGUUGUCGAUUUGACGGAAUCACUUGAGAUGAUGGGAGUACGUGAGAAUGGAGGAGAUGAACCCAGUAAUGUAUUGGAUGACAUUUCUACAGAAAAGAUGUCGCAGCAUGGCGAAGAUGGCCUGAAAAACAUUGAACUCACAAGAGAUGCAUGGGCGGAACUUCCGAAGCGGUUUGGGUCGUCGAAGACAGAAAACCAUAGUAGAUAUUAUAAAAGACGCAAAAAGUCUCACGAAGACGCACAAAAGUGGUUAAGGAACACCACGUUUGAGGAGUAUUGGGAGGAGGCAGCUUCAUAUGUCAUCUAUCGUACGUGGUACGAGGAUUACGGCAAUAUCAUGAAUGAAGAUGAUCGGGACCAACUGAAAAAGCAAAUAGAAGAAUGUAAACCUUUCGCAUUGAUUGAUGAACAUAGCGAUGAACAAAUACACAAAUAUUUUGGUCUCACCAAAGAUGCAAAAUAUUCCACGUACGAAGAACUGUUCGCAAUGCAUUCGGACGCCAUUGUGAAACUGGCCGCUAAAGAUUUUGAGUUGUUCCGUGCGGUGUUGACAAGUCAUCGAUGUAAGACGUUCCUCAAGAAAGUAGAAAAGAUGGGAUUCGUCCCAGGUUAUGCCGAUAGUGAUAUUAACGCUCCUAAUGGGACCCAUAUUUCGGAGUCGGAGGAAGUGGUUCCCAGGAAGAAAACCAAGCCUGAGGGAGAGAAACGGUUUCCAGUUACUUACGGUGAUGACGAGGUGUUCAGCGACAUUUACUACGAUGUUUACGAUCCGCAUGCUGCUUCCAUGAAUAUAGUGCUGGAUAGCAGGUGCGAUAAUUCUUCAAAGGAAGGCGACUGUGUUGAAAAAGCUGAUGUUCUUGUCACUGCCCAAGAACCUACCAGUAAUUCACAUUCCUCUCCCGACGACGCCCACAUUGACGUAUCUUUCGCCUUUAAUCCAGACAAGGAGCCCCAUCUGGUUGCCAAGAACGCAUUUCAGUACUACAGAGAUGAUCAGGAAAUCAUUAAGUACUGGUACCAACGAUAUCGACUGUUUUCGAAAUUGGACAAUGGAGUAAUCAUGGAUAGAGAAGGAUGGUUCUCAGUGACACCAGAACGAAUAGCGGAACACAUCGCCGAUCGAGUGGUGCGACGACCAGAAAUGUUAGUAGUAGAUGCAUUUGCUGGUGUUGGAGGCAACAGCAUUCAGAUGGCCAUCAAAGGAGCGAGAGUCAUAGCUAUCGAUAUGGAUCCGGUACGAUUGAAAUGUGCAAGAGAGAAUGCAAAGGUAUAUGGAGUUGAAGACCGCAUUGAGUUCAUAUGCUGUGAUUUCUUUCACUUUGCAUCUAAGUGGACCGAGAAUGUAGGAAAGACUGUACAGAUGGACGCAGUUUUCUUAAGUCCACCUUGGGGAGGUCCGAGCUAUCUGAAAUCAAAAGUAUUCGAUCUUGAUGAUCUGACUCCGAAUGGAUUCGAUAUAUACACUGCAGCCAGGAAAAUGUCGCCAAACAUUGCAUAUUUUCUGCCGAGAAGUACCAGUGUCAAGCAGUUAAUUUCUCUCAGUGGGCCGGGAGGAAGAUGUGAGAUAGAACAAAGUUGUUUGAACAAGAAGAUCAAAGCACUCACGAUUUAUUAUGGAGAUUUAGCGGUUCAGCGUGGAGAAUAG